CCCUACCGCGGGGCUCGGCCCUGUGCCGCCAUGGACUUCCCGAGGCGGCGGCUGCUGGUGGUCAGCGAGGAGCUGGGCGAGGGAGACCUGACGGCUCUCAAGUUCCUCAGCCGCGGACACAUUCCUAUGAGGAAGCUGGAAGCCAUCCAGAAGGCACAGGACUUCUUCGAAGCCCUGCAGGAAAAAGGCAUGAUCGAGGAGGAGAACCUUUUCUUCCUGAAGGAGCUGCUCUAUCGGAUCCGUCGGAUCGACGUCCUGGAAUCCCACCUGGGCACCAGCCGGCAGGAGAUGGAGAGGGAGCUCCAGAUCCCAGGCCGGGCAAAAGUGUCACCCUACAGAUACCUGCUCUUUCAGCUGUCAGAAGACAUCACUGAAUAUGAGCUGAAGUCUUUCAAGUUUCUUUUGGGGCAAGAACUACCAAAAUGCCGGCUAAUCCCUCAGGCUACAAUGCUUGACGUUUUCACUGAGAUGGAGAAGAAGGGGAUUUUGGGAGAAGACAACCUAGGUGUCCUGAAGAGUCUCUGUGCAGAAAUUGGCAUCAGCCUGUUGAAGACAAUUGAAGAGUAUGAAUUAAAAUUUGGUGAAGAAGAGAUGGUUGUCACAGAAGCACAGAGGGGCAGCCCAGCAGGCACUGAAGCCCAUGCCGGAUACCUGGCGUCAUCUGUGGCACCUGAUUCUCCUGACAGACGGAAUGAAUCUUCCCAGGUUCAAGCUUACAAAAUGACCAGCCGGCCCCGGGGAGUGUGCCUCAUCCUGAAUAAUCACAGUUUCAAAAAAGCCAGGGAAAGAGCGCCAGAACUCAAAGGCAUGAAAGAUCGGACUGGGACAGAUGUUGAUGCAGGGGCUCUGAAGAGAGUCUUUAGCAAGCUUCAUUUUACAAUAGCAGAAUAUAGAGAUCUCACUGCAGAAGAAAUCCGUAAGACUGUGAACAUGUACCGGUGCGAAGACCACAAGGACAAAGACUGUUUUGUUUGCUGUAUCCUGUCUCAUGGGAAAAAAGGCAUGAUAUUUGGUGUUGAUGGGCAGGAAGUACCUAUCCGGGAGCUAACCGCUUCCUUCACUGGGCAGAAUUGCUACUCACUUGCUGGAAAGCCAAAAGUCUUUUUUGUUCAGGCCUGCCAAGGUGAUUCUUGCCAGGAAGGUGUGAACAUAGAAACAGAUUCUAAAGAGCCAGAUGAUUCUGUAGAACCAGAUGCAAGAUUUCAGCUCGAGUGCAUCCCCACAGAGGCAGACUUCCUCUUGGGCAUGGCUACCCUGCAAGAUUACGUUUCCUACAGAAGCCCAUACCAUGGGACCUGGUACAUCCAGGCAUUAUGCCACCACUUGGAGCACAGCUGUCCUCAAGGUGAAGAUAUUCUCACUAUUCUGACAGCAGUGAAUCAGGAGGUGAGCAAAAAGACGUGCCAGCCAAAUUCAAGGAAGCAGAUGCCACAACCCGCUUUCACAUUGAGAAAAAGGCUCAUUUUUCCUGUCAACUGAAUCGAAGGGAAUUGUGUGGCAGAGGGAGCUGGAGCAUCCUGGAAUUCGUUGUUACCAGCCAAGAAUCUGAUAAAACAACAGAUCACCAGGGUCAGCUCUUACCACAGGAGCCCAUGUUUUUAUUCAAAGUACAGCCUUAAGAAGUUUUUAUUAUCACACUUUAUACUUGAACCUCUCAGAGCUAGGCUCCAAGUUGGGGGUCACUAGCUCAGUUCCUUUUUCAGCUGCACCACAUUACUGUUGCUUUAGUAUCUUUCCAAUGCAGAUUUCAAAAAAACUGUUAUGAAGCUCUGGAUUUUGUAUGCCUGACUUUUGCAGAAUAAAGGGGAGAAUACUGGAAAUUUUAUAGGAUAUUAUCAAGUUA